UUUGUUGUUCAGUGUGGCCUCAGACUUGGGAACACGUUGUACCACAAUAUCAUUUCCCCCUGUAUAGUUACGGUUCUGCCUUUUAAUAUAUAUAUAUAUCAUCAUUCAGAAAUCGUGAGCCGGUGCACGUGCUAAAAGAAAAAAUUACUCUUCUUUUUGUGUGUUUAAUUUAGUGUUUUUAAUUUUUUGUUAAUUGUUUGUUUUUAUGUGAUAAAUAAUUUGUGACUUGAAAUGGAUUCAGUGAAUUGAGUGAAUUGUGGUAAAAUCUAUAUAUAUAUUGUGAGGAUUCAGUGAUUGAUGGAUAGAAAUUAAAAAUCAAAAAGGGAUCUUGGAACUGUGAUAGUGAAACAUGAUCAGCGAACUGGAUAAUGCAAUUAGCAAUUAGGAUUUCAGUUUUUCGAUAGUUUCUUUCCAUAAUUUUUUGAUCCAAUUCAAAAUUCUAUUCUUUGAUUUCAUCUCCUAUUUGGCAGUGUCUGAUGAUUGAUUUGGAUUUCGAUUGAAGAUAUCCUAAGUACUUGUAUCAGCAAAAUUCUGUCUCCCAGGUACCUUGUGAGUCCUGGGGUGGCGACAGAGGCACCUGCAGGCGCAAAAACCCCGGAACCACCAGCAUCAUCAUCAUCGUCAGUGAUGACGGUCCAUCAUCAUCGUCAGAACCACCAUGUGGCGGCGUUGAGUGGUAUCGCCGUUACAAGUAAUGGUCUUAAUUUGAGUAGAAUGUCAAGUUUGGAUGCACAUCGUUUGGACAAUAUGAUUGACAGAAAUGGAGUCAGUAUGGAAAGAUUGUCAAAUGGAUUAGACACGAGGAAUAAUAAUAUUAGUUUAGAAAGAAGUUUAGGUGAUGCAUCAACGACAAUGCCUCAUAGAUCGAGAUUUAUGAUAACCGAUAUUCUUGCUGGAGCAUCGAGUCCAUCAAGUGUACAGAGUCAAGAACCACCUGGAAGUCCACCAUCGACACCAAGGGAUCUCAGCGUUAGGCAUCAAUCGAGAUCGUCACUUAAUAAUAGCAAUUUGGAUGAGGACAGUGAUGCUAGUCAUCAUGAUGCUGUUUCGGUGUCUUCCAAUGGUGGUAAAGAGGACGAUCCAAAGGGACCAUCCUCGAAUUCAUUGAGUUCGGCGCAAAGUAAGAAGCAAAGAAAAGCAAGAACCGCAUUUACGGAUCAUCAACUUCAAACACUAGAGAAGAGUUUUGAAAGACAAAAGUACCUUAGCGUUCAAGAUAGAAUGGAAUUAGCAGCAAAAUUGCAACUCACGGACACACAAGUCAAGACGUGGUAUCAAAACAGAAGGACAAAAUGGAAGCGACAGGCAAUAGUGGGCUAUGAAAUUUUAGCGGAAGCUGGUAAUUAUGCAGCAUUUCAAAGAUUGUAUGCAAGCGGUGCUGCUGGUGUUCCAGCGCAUCCUGCAGCGGGUUCCUAUUGGCCAUAUCCUGGUGCAGCAGCACAUCAUCAAAGUGAUUUCUUUUAUCGUCAAGCAGCAACUGCCGCAGUAACAUUACAAAAACCAUUACCCUACAGAUUAUAUCCAUCGGCAUCAAUGAUUAUGGCUGGACCAAGUACACCGCUAGGCCCAUUGGCGGCAAGUUCGAGUCUUUCAAAUUUAAGUAGUUUUUAUAGAGACAGCCCCGAAAUAAUGGAUCCAAGGGAAAGGGAAAAUAUUGAACGUAACGUUAUGUCAAGGGACAGAAGUAAAAGUCUCGAAAGAAUUUCACCGUCUAGAGAAGAUUCACCCAAUAGUAUAAAAGCUGAAAGUGAUGAAGAGAGUAUAAACGAUGUUUAAGAAUAUUGUUUCCCUUUUUUUGUAAACGAAUUUUUUUUUAUUUAUUUAUUUUUUUUUAUUAAUGUGGAGGGAAACUUUUUUUUGAAUUUAUUUUUUAGAAGUGAAUAUUCUAAAAAUUCAAAUUUUGAUAUAUAUCGUUUGCGAAAUAUUCGACGCGAUAUAGAGAGAGAGAGAAAAAACAAAAUUAAUAUUAUAUUUCGCUUUUUGAUAUAAAAUAUAAUUUCAGCUUUAACGCAGAAGGCGAAAUUUGAACUUUUAGAAUUUUUUUGCUGGUGUGAACAUUUUUUGAAUAUGUUUAACAAGCUGUUCUGGAAACAUUUAUUUGUUCAUUUGAGAAGUAUAGAAAUUCUUUCCAUAAUAGAAUCUUUUAAAUUCAAAAAUUCGAAUCAAGAAUUUUUGUAUUUCAAAUAAAUAUCUUUUAAUUGACUCAAAUAAUAAUUAUUUGAUACAAAUCCACUUUAUUUGAUCAAGCAAUCAAUUAUUUGAAUCAACAAAAUUUUUUUUCAGUGAUAAUCUUUUUUUUUAUUAUGAUUUCAGUCAAUUAAAUAAUCAAGAAGAAAAAUUUUGGUUUAAUAAAAAGUAAAUUUGCACUUUGUAUAAUAUAAAAAAAAGUCCAUAAGCCGACAGCGAAAUCCGCAAUUAAUAUGACAUUAGACUCUCAGGAUGGUAUACUUUUGAAAGAACACUUCAAAUUACGUUGCUCCUGCUACUUUAUAUGAUUCAAUUAAAAAACGAAUUUAAUUCAUACUUUUGUUAUGAAGGCACAAAAACUGUUAAUUAUUUAAAUUUACAACCUUUCAAAUAUUUAUUUUUUAAAAAUAAAUUGAAAAUUUUUAUGAAAAAAAAAAAAUUAUCAAAUGAAACUUGAAAUGUUUCCAGAAUAUUUUUGAAAGUCUCAAAGGCCAAAAAUAAGAAAAAAAAAAAAAAAAAAAAAAUGAAAAAAGGCGCACUUGAUCCAAUCGUGUGACGUAAUUAAAUGAUCGCAAAGCGACAUUAUUGUGCAACAUUUGUAAAUAAAAAAAAUUUUAAUAAAUAGAAACGCUCCAUUUUUGUCAAGGUCGGAGCGCUCAUUGUACUAUUGCAUAUAGGACUUAAUUGUAAGAUUUUUAAGAAAUGUAAAUAAGGAAAAAAAGCGCACUGAAGAUGAAAAAAUAUACGUAAAAUCGUAUACCAAAAGGGUGUAAAAGAAAAGAAAAAAAAAAAAAAGAAAAAACAAAUUCCCUAAUCUCUAUAUUAAGGAUAUAAGUCGAGGCCAACGGAAGUAAAAUAUUUUAAAAGUAUUUUUCAGACUUGAAUAAUAUAUAUAUAUAUACCUAUUUCCGUCGCAAAAUAACUGUUUGAAAAAGCGUCGAGAAAAAUAUCAAACUUGGUGGCACAAGUGCAGUAUAAUAAAAUAAAUCAUUUACAUUUUACUUUCAAUCGUAUUUUUUGUAAAAUUCAACAGUUAACUUUCUAGAAAAUUUUUUUUUCAUUUUAAAACCACUAUUUUUCUAUUCUCAAAUUAUAAUAAGAGAUUUUAUAAUCAGAACAAUAUUUUUUUUUUAAUUAUUUUUUGCAAUUUUAAAUUUUUUGCAAAUUGAUUUAAAAAAUGAAUAUUUUUUUUACUGCAAUGAUGUAUUUUAAAAUUUUUUUUUCCUUCCGUUCUCCGUCGUUUUUUUCUUCUCCACGAUAAAUGUAGCGUCGAUCGUGCAACAAUCGAGAGGUGCGUUCGAUAAUGAAAAAAAUACCAGUAUUAUAAAUGUAUAAAAUUAUAGAAUUUACCGAACCCGAGGCUGGUGCGAAUGUAGGAUUACAUUAUACAGAAGACAAGAAAUUACCGUGCAAAAAUAAAAAAAAAAAUGAAAAAAAAAAAAAAAUAGCAGGGUAGUUUGAUUCCCGUGAUCGAUCCGGUUUUGAUCGAUUAAAUAAUGCCAGUUCGAUUGAUGAUAAAAUACGUGUAAGUCUCUCUCGCAGCAUGAAGGUUGUAGUAAAUCGUGCUUUGUAAAAUAAUGUCUGUAUAGCAAAAAUUAUUAUAUGGAAAAUAUAUUAUAAUAAAUUUA